CAGCAGCAAGUUAUUCACUGUGAUCCUGUUCAGCAUAGCCACAUUUGAGUUUUCCAAGUCUAAAGAAGACUGGUUUUGGUUUUCCCAUGAAGCUGCAUCAUUGUCUGUCCAUCUUACUUGUGGUUACUCUUCUGCCAGCUGCUCUGGUUUUGGAAGAUGUGGCCCCACUGGGAGCGAAUCAGAGUUCCUACAAUGCAUCAUUUCUCCCGAGCUUUGAACUCUCAGCAGGUUCCUACUCUGGUGAUGAUGUCAUCAUAGCCAAAGAGGGAACAAAUGUUUCCCUGGAGUGUCUUCUCACAAUGGAUCAGUAUGGAGAUGUCUACUGGUACAACUCAAAAGGACGGCGGCUACACAGCAGAGGUGGAAAAUGGUUGGUUUCUGAUAACUUCCUAAAUAUCACCAAUGUAGCCUUUGAUGACCGUGGGCUCUAUACAUGUAUUGUCAACUCUCCAACUCGUGCCUCCUACUCAGUCACCCUCCGUGUGAUCUUCACCUCUGGAGACAUGAGUGUCUACUAUAUGGUUGUCUGCCUGAUCGCCUUCACAAUCACACUCAUACUGAAUGUCACUCGUCUAUGCCUGAUGAGCACCCAUCUCCGAAAGACCGAGAAGGCCAUCAAUGAGUUCUUCAGGACUGAGGGGGCAGAAAAGCUCCAGAAGGCCUUUGAGAUAGCAAAGCGCAUCCCCAUCAUCACCUCAGCCAAAACCCUGGAGCUUGCCAAGGUCACCCAGUUUAAGACCAUGGAGUUUGCCCGCUACAUUGAAGAACUGGCCAGAAGUAUUCCUCUCCCACCCCUUAUUCUGAACUGCCGGGCCUUUGUUGAGGAAAUGUUUGAGGCUGUGCGAGUGGAUGACCCUGAUGACAUGGGAGAGAGAAUUAAGGAGAGACCUGCCUUGGAUGCUCAAGGUAGCAUCUAUGUGAUUAAGCCAGAGCUGGGACGCAGUAACUCUCCUGGUGGAGAUUCGGAUGAUGGCUCUCUAAGUGAGCAAGGCCAGGAGAUAGCAGUGCAGGUGUCUGUCCACCUUCAGUCAGAGACCAAAAGUAUUGGGACAGAUUCUCAAGAUAGCAGUCACUUCAGCACACCUGAUGACCCUGCACCUGCUGAGGGCAGCACUCACCACAGAGAAUGAGCCUGUGACAACUGACAGCCUGCCCAGUGCUCAGGAAAAGAGCCUGCUACGAGGACAUAGCAUUAUUACAAGAUGGCAAGGGUCUUCUGUUUAACCUUAAGCACCCCAGACCAUGAAUUGCCAAAGUCCUUGUGACAAGACAUUUUUCUGAUAUGUGGUCAUUUACUUUAAGGUUGCUGGAGUGAUGUGUGCUAAGAUUGAAAAGCACCUGAGCUGUGAGACUUCUUUUCUGGUCACAGUUUUUCUUUGGUCCAUGUGUGACACAUUGAAGCCCCCAUUUCCCUGUCCAUGAAAUGCGGGAUCUAUUCUAAAUGAGUUGUGUCUGGCCCAGCACUUCUUGCCUGUCGCACCUCUGAGUCAGCCUUUCAGUAGACCUUUGGUCCCUCUUUUGAGACUUUAUUCUGCACUCUGGGUGUCUAUACCAGUGCCAUAUGGGGAGAUGCUCUGCCCUGGAAAGUGAACAGUCAUGCAUCCUGGGCCAGGCACAUCUUUUCAUUGAGCCACCCUGUGCUACACAGAUCCAGAGAGUAAAUUGCCCUUAGAAAACCACUCUCAUUGGGUGUGGUAGCUGAAGCCUUUAAUCCCAGCACAUGGGUAGGCAGAAACAAACAAAUACCUGAGUUCAAGGCCAGCCCCACCUAUGGAACAAGUUCCAGAACAGCUAGGCUACACAGAAAAACCCUGUCUCAAAAAAUUGAAGAGAAAAAAGAAGAGGAAGAAAAGAAAAAUAAAACAGUCUCCAUGAGAAAUGUAUCCUUGGGAAUGCAUCCUGUCUUUUUAGCUGCCAAGACCUUUAGUCCAGCAAGGCUGGCCUCAGUGUCCCCAAAGAAGAAUGUUUUCAGUGUUUUGUGAACAAGAAUGAUGUCAACUCCUCUCUUUCAAAUCAAUUUUGAUACUUUUUAAUAAUGUCUCAGGCUUCUCUUCUUGAAAGCACUGAAUUCCCAGGUGGGCUGUGUUUGGGUCCAGAACUGCAGAAUCCACUUUAGAACAAGCCCAGCAACAUCCUGCCCUCUGUGGUCCUCAACCUGGUGCUAAAGGUGAUAAACCUCCUCUUGUUGAGACUCAUCAUUACUGGUGGUUUUGUUCUUCAGAUGUAUCCUUUUUAAGUGAGGAUUGCAUUCACAGCCUUUCUGAAGCACUUACCUGAAAUCAGAUGAGAUCAUUGUGUUCAGUGAAUUAUUGUAUUAAAACAGACAAUCCAGGUAUAAGGGGGGAAAUGGCAGGUAGUGCCACCUAGAUCAUCUGGGUACCGUAUGCACUGAAGCUGCCACUCCCCGCCUAGCCUAGAGUGAUAUGACAGAUUAUAAAUAAUCUUCACAGUCAUCUCCUCAGCUGCAGGAAGCUCCUGUAGAUUUUUAACAUCAUGGCCAUGGAGCUCAAUUUGAUGCUUUGCUUCAUUUGGCUUCUGGAAGCCAAAUUGUGGAAGCAUUGCUUGAACUAGAAAGUCCUGAGGGAACUGUGCAGAGGAGGUGUUCAUCGGAAUUUAAUUAGAAGGGUCAAACAAGCAGGGGACAACAGGAAAUUCCUAGUGUAACCAGUGAACUCCCUGCCUGCCUUUGUCCAGGCUUAUCAGACAUGACACCUCUGCUUUGGACAGCAUGAAUGAAUCAGUGUGCCAUUUUAUCAGGUGGCAUAAGGAUAAUAUGGUAAUGCUGCCUUUUCUAUCUCUCAGGCUGUUUCCAUGGAAACCUCCAGAGCCAAACAAAAGCUACCAAUCAUUUAACCAAAAAGCUUGCCUUGGCUCAGAUGUGUAUUUCUUUAAGGAAAGCUGUUUUCGUACAUUCGGCUGUAGAACAAGGGCUCUUGAACAUAUCCUAAAUUAUAGAACAUGUUUUCCCUCCUUACACUGGAUCUCUGGAUAUACUAAAAUUAAGAAUCUCUUCUGUGGGGUCAGUGUCCUGAUUGUCCCUCAGAUCUGCAGUCCCUCACCUGAUAAAGCAAUGUUGGGGUCACUUCUUACAAUGAAAUUUGUUGCCUUAAAUACUGGUUUUACACCACAUGUUCCUAGAAGGGACAUUAAUGUCUUGAACUUUAAGGUAGACACAUUUAACGACCAGAGUUUCAGAAAAUAGUAUUUUGCAAAA